GUGGCCAACACCGUCUAGGGACGUCGACGGACGCGAACGAGCCCUUCGCGCAGCUACAAAAAGUUUGGAUUCGUUUGAAAGAAAAAAAAGGGACGAGAAAAUUGUGCGACGUGACUUCGCGGAGAUCGCGCGACGAAAUCGGCCGAUACGCUGUUGGAAUUGUUUCGAAGGGUGUGUCCGAUCGAUUUGACAGCGGACCUCGACGAAAUUAACGAAUUUCAACUUGGAUUGUUUAGUUUCUCCUUCCUCACCUCUCUUAUUUCGUCCUUUCCUUUCGGGUUAUCCUACGUUGAAGUUUCUUCCGGGACCGGACAAAAGAGCCGCAGACGUCGAACCGUCGGACAUCAGCGUGCGAGACCGGUAAUCCGUGACAGCCGCCCGAUCGACGCCGGAACCCGAGCCGACCCGAACGGGCUUAGGAAGUUCGAGACCGCCGCGCCAAAGAGGAGACAACCGGCGGUGCGCGUCUGCGGGACGACAGUCUGCGUAAACCAGCAAGAUUACCGGCCGCGGCGGUUGCGCCAAAUACUGUGGUACAGCUCCUUCACCCGGCAACAUUUCAUUCUCCAGCUUUCGGCAGUCCUUCACCUCCAAUGUUAACUACCUGAAACGGAGGUUCUCCUCAGGGGAUUUGACCUCGGAGCUAGACGAUGAGCCGAGCACAGAUUCCGGGCUGGCCUCCAUGGCCAGGGAUUCGUCCCAAUCGUAUCAAAGCGCGUCGGAACGGCCGUUGCAGUCGCAGCCGACGCCCGUCCCGCCGGCCAGCCAGCCACCGGUGCCUGGAGCACCGCCACCUGGACCACCGCAACCCGUCGGCGGCGAUCUAAGCCUCAACCUGAGGCCCGGCUCCAGGACAACCAGCGCCCCCUCGUCGCCGGCGAAGACCCGGGAGAGCCUGCUGCAGAGGGUCCAGAGCUUGACCGGCGCUGCUCGCGACCAGGGUGCCUCGAUCCUUGGAGCAGCAGUGUCCGGCGCGACGAGGGGUCCGUCGUUCAACAAAGAUCGGUGUUUCACUCUCCUGGUGAUCGACGAUCAGAACACCGACUGGAGCAAGUACUUCCGGGGCCGUAGACUGCACAGCGACUACGAGAUCCGCGUGGAGCAAGCGGAAUUCCGGGAAUUGUCGUUGACAGCGAGCGAGGCUGGCACCGUGGUCUCCAUGGCAGUAUAUCGCAACGGGACCAAAGUCAUCCGAUCGUUCAAACCCGAUUUCGUCCUGAUACGACAGAACCUGAAAGACGCAGGAGAGGACAAUAAGAACCUUCUUCUCGGCCUGAUGUACGGAGGCGUGCCAAGCAUUAACAAUCUCACUGCAAUUUAUAACUUCCAGGACAAGCCAUGGGUGUUCGCGCAUCUGCUGGGCCUGCAGCGUCGCCUGGGCAAAGACAACUUCCCCCUGAUCGAGCAGACAUUCUACCCGAAUCAUCGUGAAAUGGUGAGUGCGUCUCGUUACCCGGUGGUGGUGAAGCUCGGCCACGCCCACGGCGGAGUGGGGAAGGCCCGCGCCGAGACGAAUCAGGAGUUUCUGGAUCUCGCGUCGCUGGCCGCACUGGCGAACACCUAUUCCACGGCGGAGCCGUACGUCGACACUAAGUACGACGUUCACGUGCAGAAGAUAGGCAAUAACUACAAAGCGUUCAUGCGGAAGAGCAUAAGCGGAAACUGGAAGUCGAACACGGGCUCGGCGAUGUUGGAGCAAUUAGCCGUCAGCGAGCGACACCGUACAUGGAUCGAUCACGUGGCCCAGUUGUUCGGCGGAUUGGACAUAUGCGCGAUCGAGCUGCUGGUCGGGAAGGACGGCCGCGAGUACAUCAUCGAGGUGAACGACAGCGCUUUGUCGUUAAUGGGCGACACGCAGGAGGAAGAUCGCCGGCACAUCGCGGACCUCGUUACAGCGAAGAUGCAGGUAUGCUGCCGACCACCGAGCGUGUUGACGAAGACGGCGUCCAGAGGGUCGAUAACUGGCACCAGCCAGGCGACGAGUCCCGUUGAAGAUCGCACCGCCCCACCACCUGUGCCAUUGGGCUCGCACGGGAGCAUAGGAUCCAUGGCGAGCAUAGGGAGCUUGGGAUCCGUGUCCUCAACAACUACUAUGCCCGCUGAGACCACCACCGCGGACAGCCACCAUCAACUACAGCGUCGAGAUUCUCAAGCCUCGCAAUCGAGCACGGUGAGCAGCGCCCCCUCGGUCGGCCGCCGGCCGGAGGACCCGCCGCCGUCUAGAAUACCGUUCCACCGGCAGGGCAGUCAGACGCAGAACGAGGACUCCGAGGACACCAUGAAGAACCUCCGAAAGACGUUCGCCGGGAUCUUCGGCGACAUGUAAAUCCGUUCGAGCGUAAUCGCCGGGCGCAAAGGAGGGAUCUCCGUCGAGCAUUAUCCGUUAAGUUGCGCGAAGACAUAGAGACGGUCCAACAACGAUUCCGUUACAUAACCUAUGCAAACGAUCUGUUGCUGUUGCUGAGAUUCUCUAUUGACAGGUUCCGUUGAUUAUGAUAUUCUAUCGAUUCUAUUGGGCUGGCCUGAUUUAGAUUAGCUUAUGUCGCCGACGGCGGCCGCGACGCCUAGAUAUAAAUAUAUAUAUAUAUAUAUAUGGAUAUAGAUAUGGAUAUGCGUAAGUGUAUUUGCAGAUCACCGAGCGCGACCGAACGACGCUGAAGCGCCCCCGCACGGGGCGCGACGAUGUAAAUUUCGCUAACGGUCCACGGCGACGUGUAUAAAAAAAAAGAAACAUAAACAAUAACUCGUUAAACCAUACGUUCACCGAUCAAACGAUUCGUCCAUUAACCCUGUACACCAUGCGAUUAUUGACCGGAUUUCGGGCCACGUUCGGGCCGACGAUUUUCUCGUUCGACACGGUUCGACCAAAAAAAUUUCUUUCAUUUCCAGCGCGUCACAGUGAUUUAUCAUUAUUAAUCGUUCGGUUCUCCUUGGUAUUUAAUCUAUGAGUUCUAAAUUCGCUGCGUGUUUCGAUACUCUGGGGGGCGGGGGGGGAGGGGGUAGAUUGGUAAAACCGGAACAGGGAAAAAAAAGGAGGGAAUGAAGGAUUACCAAGGGGGUUUAAAAUGAAGGUGACAAAAAGUAAAAUAAAAUAAAAUAAAAUAAAAGUCGUGGUCGUUCAUGUAUAUUAAAAUGAAAGGUGGGGGAAAAAAGUACUAUGUAGGUUCUAUGUAUUCGAUGUGUAUUCAGCAUUUAAAUAGUGGCUAAGAGCGAUUCUCAGGUUGAAACGAAAGGAAAAGAAAAACGACAAAAUAACGUGCUUCAGUUUCUCGUUUUUAUUUGUUUCUUUUUUCGUCCGAGCGUCAAUGUUAUGGUUUUCGUUACCAUCGACGUAUCCGUUCUGCGCACACGUGACAGACAAAACAAAACAAUCCAAACCAAAACAAAACAGAACAACACAAAAAACAGACACACGUAUAUACAUUGCUCUCACGUCUCGGUUUUACGGGAACGCCGCGCUUGGUUUUUCGACUAAACAAUGCAGGAAGUGAUAAUAACAAUAAAAAAAAGAAAGAAGAAAACAACAAAAACAAAAAGCAGUAAACAGUAC